CGGCCGUUGCUCGGAAUGCUCGGCUCGGAACGAGCUGCUCCAACGUUCGGGAACGCGGGGCUCCCUCGGCACCUCGUUCCUUGCCGCAGCCUCGCCCUGCUCUGUACCAUCGCCUUCUGGGGCCGAAAGAAAGCGAGGACACGAUACUUCCAGCGCAAGCGUUGGUGCCGGGGUCCCAGACCCGCAGAGCUGCGGCCUACCACGGAGACUGCGGCCGAACCACCGGGCCCGGCUCGGCCCUGCGAGGGACAGGCCCCGGCGCUGCACUACAACACCCAGAAUGCCGCGGGGCGAGCCGGCUGCGCAUGCGCACCAGAGCAGGAAGGCCCCUGCCGUUACCCCCCCCAGGUGCACAGCCGUGGAGUCGAUAAGCGGAUCGAAUCAGAAGAAUCCGAGGACGAAGGGAAGAAGACGGUGCGCUUAGUAACGGACCUCAGCCAGCAGAGCCUGAGAGAUGAGCAGAAUGGCGAGAGCUCCCCAGGAGAAGCAGAGAUACCAGUGGACAUGGAUACAAUUAGUCUGGACCCAGAAGCUGAGGAUGUUGACCUGAAUCAUUUCCGAAUUGGGAAGAUUGAAGGGUUUGAGGUGCUCAAGAAAGUGAAGACUCUGUGUCUGCGUCAGAACUUGGUGAAGCGCAUCGAAAACCUGGAGCAAUUGCAGACCUUGAGGGAGCUGGAUCUGUACGACAAUCAGAUUCGGAAGAUCGAGAACUUGGAAACUCUAGCGGAUCUUGAGAUCCUGGACAUCUCGUUUAAUGUUCUGCGACACAUUGAAGGACUAGAUCAGCUUACCCAACUUAAAAAACUCUUCCUCGUCAACAACAAAAUCAGCAAAAUUGAGAAUUUGAGCAACUUGCAGCUGUUACAGAUGUUAGAGUUGGGAUCCAAUCGAAUUCGGGUGAUUGAAAACAUCGACACCCUGACUAAUCUCGACAGUCUGUUCCUUGGAAAGAAUAAAAUCACCAAGCUCCAGAACUUGGAUGCGCUGACAAACCUGACUGUGCUCAGUAUACAGAGUAACCGCCUGACCAAGAUUGAGGGGCUGCAGAGCUUAGUGAACUUGCGUGAGUUGUACAUCAGCAACAAUGGCAUCGAAGUCAUCGAGGGACUGGAGAACAAUAACAAACUCACAAUGCUGGACAUUGCAUGCAAUAGAAUCAAGAAGAUCGAAAAUAUCAGUCACCUGACAGAGCUGCAGGAGUUCUGGAUGAAUGAUAAUUUCGUUGAGAGCUGGAGUGACCUGGAUGAGUUGAAAGGAGCCAAGAACUUGGAAACUGUGUACCUGGAGCGAAACCCUUUGCAGAAGGACCCCCAGUACCGGCGUAAGAUCAUGUUGACCCUCCCAUCUGUCCGGCAGAUCGAUGCCACGUUUGUUCGGUUCUGAACCUCCUGCUGCCCCUCUCUUUCCUGCCCUACUUGGAGAAAUGUCCCAGCUGGGGUUUUUUAUCCACUUACCACUCCCCAGGUCUUCAGUACACUGACACUCUCAGAGCAAAUGGUCAACAAAAAGCACUGACUACCAGACCUUGUGUACAAUGCACUCAUUGUUUUUGAAAUGUUGUUAUUAUUAAAUCUUAACAUAAGAGA